UACUAUAUAUCAUUUGUAAAAAUGUAACUUAUUUUAUAAUCUUCCAUUUGAAUUACAGCAUUCCAUAAAAUGGCGUUCAUAUUACUGAAGUAUUUCAAAUACGCUCUGGUUAUAUUUUCCUUCGUGAUUACGGUUGUGACUGCAGUCUUCGCUUUCCUGAACAGCGUACCAAUUAAUGUGAAUACGUUUGGUACAAAUGUUAUGUUGCUGGCACCACAUAUAUAUUUACAUAACAUGGAACUUCUUAGCGAGAAAUACCCGGUUUAUAUAACACCUGCUGGGUGGGUGUUUUCAAUCUUGUGGCCGCUUAUAUAUCUUUGGAACUUCAUCGCAGCAGCUUUCCUCGUUAUUUCAUUAUGUUUGAAACCAACAAUGAACCCCAUUAUGAGGUCACCACCAUUAUUACCAACUUCAUUCUUCGUUUGUUGGAUUCUAACAUUCGGCGGAUUGCUUGGUUGGUUGUUCACCUUCGACCGCGAAAUAUUCGAAUUAUCUCUCAUUCUCCUAUCAAUGUCCACUGUGACGUCAUACUGCUGCAUUGUCAUCUCAUACAAAGCGAUUGACAACGAAAUUGUUUAUUUGGAAAAUCAUCGAAAACGCUUACUUUACACGAUCCGUAUUCUUAUUCACAACGGGCAAGGAAUCCUUUUUGCUUGGAUCCUUCCAGCUACUCUGCUCAACCUCAUUGUAGUGAUGGUGUACCACGAUAGUCCAAAGAGUGACCACGCUGUUUCAAGAGAGUUGAUUUCCACCGAGGAUUCUGGAACCAUCGUCCUCGCAAUCAUCGGUGUGUUUGUCAUCGUUUUCUUUAUGUUGGAAAACUUUAUGUUUGCGCGAUGUACGCGUUACACGGUGACUAUAUGGCCCACAAUGUUGUUUGCUAGCUCGGGUAUUGUGGUCAGGAAUUGGAAGCACCCAGAUGGUGAUCGGAACUCAAUAAUGGCGUGCGCUGCAGUCGCCUUGUGCGGGUUCGGUUUCGUCGGGAAGUUUAUUUUGUUUGUUCAUUAUCGCUGCAAAGCUAAGAAUUUCUUUCGCGGAGAUCAGGAUGUUGAGGCGGGAAAAUAAGCCUCGGAUUCCGGCGGGCGUUGGGAAUUUACUCGAUCUUUGACAAGUUCACCAUUUAUUCAAUAUAAACAAUGACUAAAUGCAUAAAUGUAACUUAUUCAUCCUCGCAUGACGGGGCAACAAUAGAUGUUAUAACACGGGUGUUCUGUUUCAUACACCUCGUGCCUGCUUACGAGUUACCACGUAUGUAACUUUGUGGGUGAUUGUUUUUUGUGUAUUACUGACAGUUCACAAUUUAUUAUUGGGUUGAAGCAACUGUCUUAAACGCACAGCUGUAUAGACAUGUUGCUGCUACAACCAUCAAGCGCCACAUCCAUUAUCAUCCUUGUACACCAAUAGUUCCAAUGUUUAAUAUCCCAUAGUGUAUUAUAUUGUAUAGGUUUUAUAUUGAUUAUGUAAAUUUUAAACAACGAGUUCACACAACAUCUAUAAAUGAACAACAUAUAAACUUAAAAGUCGAAGCUUAAAUAAUCACAGUCGUUUACAAUUGCAUUCUAUAUGGGUGAGGUCCUACAGUGAGGCAUGCCAUGGGACCUGGGGUUUAGGCCAAAGUUGGCCCAUUACCCCAACAUUGUAUAUGCACAUUCUAUU